GGAAACACACAAAUGUCUCCCUCCGAUCAUAACCACCCUCCACCUCCGUCGUCUCCAAUACUCCCCUGUCAUCCAAACCUCACAACUUGUCUUUACCAAACAGAACACGGCGUGUUCUCUCUCACAUGGUCUCGCACAUUCUUAGGAGGCCACUCUCUAAGCCUCUUCCUCCACUCUCAAGACUACUACAACCACUCUUCCCCUCUCUCCCUCUCCUCCACCAUCUCCUUCCACCUCAACUUAAACACAUUAACCUUCUGGAGAAAACGCGGAUCCAAAUCCAUCUCCCGCACAAUCAAACUCCUCUGGGACUUUUCCCGCGCCAAAUUCGAAUCCGGAUCCGAACCAAGAUCCGGAUUCUACCUCGCCGUUAUCCUCCACGGAGAGAUGGUACUAUUAGUCGGAGAUUCCGUCAAAGAGGCGUACGCUCGUGCGAAGUCAGCGAAACAGCCGACGAGUCCACAAGCUCUGGUGAUGAGGAAAGAACACGUGUUCGGAGAUAGAGUGUUCUCCACGAAAACGAGGUUUGGUGGUAAGAACAGGGAUGUUACGAUAGAUUGUCGUGUAGACAAAGACGCGAGGCUCAGUUUCAGCUUCGAUUCGGAGGAGGUUUUGCAGAUCAAGCGGUUGAGAUGGAAGUUCAGAGGGAAUGAGAGAGUAGAGAUCGAUGGUGUCUCUGUUCAGAUCUCGUGGGAUGUUUAUAAUUGGCUGUUUCAGAGUAAGAGUGGUGGACACGCUGUUUUUAUGUUUAGGUUCGAGAAUGAUCAAGAGGGAGAGGAGGGAAACGGAAACGAGGUCGUUUUGUGGAAGCCGAAGAAGUGUGGGAGUAGUUUGGGGUUUAGAGGGAUGGUGGAAUGGAGGAAGAUGAGGAGGAGAUUCGUUAAGAGUAAGAGGAGUUCUUCUUCUUCGAUAUCGAUUUCGAUGUCUUCUGCUUCGUCGGCUUGUAGCUCAUCGGUUUUGGAGUGGGCUAGUAGUGCUGAUGAGUCGGAGUACGGUGGAGGAGGAUCUUCUGGUUUAGGUUCUGGCGAUGGUCUUGGGUUCUCUUUGUUGGUUUACGCGUGGAUCAAGUGAGGUUAUUUGGGGGAAAAUAUUAAAAAGGAAAUAUACUGUUGCGGUUAAACAAUAUUUUAGAAGUUUAAUGUUUUUAACGUUUUAUCUACCCACUCUAAACCACGGAAUACUGAAGUUUUUUUUUUAUAAAUUCAAUUUUCGCAUCUCUCUUUUUCGUAUAUACUGUGGAAAAAGGUUGAUAUUUGAUAACGG